GCUUAGCGCCAGCAGAGAAGUUGAGCCUUUGAGCCCCGCACGUCUCCGCUCCUUUAUUGUUUUUAUCAGGAGAGAGAAAAUCUGUCGCACGGAGCAGCAUCCUCAAAUUAAUAAAUUAGAUAGUGUGUGUGCAGUCGUGAUUCGGCGAGCAGCGGAACAGAAGCGCACUGAUAAAACAAGACACAGCCUCGUUUUCCUCGCCACCAAAUUUUCCUUUUGGAUUUGAAAGGACGUUUGCCACCUUGAAACGUGUUGUGGAAAAUAACAUGCUCUAAAAAGUCCCUCAGUCAGGACUGGACCUUUCAAAAUGCAGGUUUUCAUGGAGAUGUUCGACCGCAGCAACACGCCGAGUCAGUCGCACACUUUGGAGGUUGCAGGGGACGUUCAAGCGACGUCAAAGCUGCAAAAGGGUCGCUCAGGAUGGGCCUCGGUGCUAGGGUUUUGCGGCCACUGCCCACUCACGCACCGAUGGCUCGAGACGCAUUUGGACAAAACGCAGUUCGUCUGGGCGAGGCUCACAUUGCUGCUGCUCUUCUUCUUGGACAUCACCGGCAGAAAUAUUGGCCAGAUCAUAUUUUGCAACAAUCCACUGUCAGGGUUGGUGAUUUUCGUCGGGAUGCUGAUCGCGUCGCCGGAUUUAGGUGCAGCGGCACUAUUGAGCUCAACCAUAAGCAUCAUCGUUGCCCUUGCGACAAAACACCCGAGAGAAGGCUUGACUUGCGGCGGCGCUGGCUUCAACGCGGUUCUUUUCGGCGUCGUAAUGAAAGCGAUCGUUUUGAACAGCAGCGAAGAAACGAAUUCCUUCUCUGUUGUGGUUGUCACUUGGAUCACGAUUAGCAUAGGAGCUGCAGUCACGGUGAUUCUGACGAACGGCCUGGGCAGCUUGCUUGGCUCCGCGACGCCAGCGGUGCCGUGCCUGUCCCUGCCGUUCAACAUGGUGGCCGUGGUGGCCACCCUGACGCUGACCUUCAUCAACGAGCUGCCGCAAGGCCACGGGGACGAGCAGAGCGGCGUCAAUUUCACGAGCGUCCCUUCGAACCACAGCGAUGAGGAAAUCGCGACCGACGACGAGAUCGACUAUGGCCUGCUCUUGCAGGGCAGUCUGCUGGGCUUGGGGCAAAUCACGGCCAUCAACGACCUCGCCUGCUCGGCCCUCGUCGUGCUCGCAAUGAUGCUUUUUUCCCCUCUGCUCGCCCUGUCUGCCUUUUCCGGCUCGCUCAUCGCCACGUUUUUCGCUUCACUCUUGAGCCCGUCGCUCAUGGAAUACGGUUACAACGGCUUGAUGGGCUACAACGCCGUUCUCACAGCCUCCGCGAUCAUGUUCUUCCUGGUGCCGGGCUGGAAAUCGGUGAUAAUCACCUUCAUGUCCGUCGGUGCCACGUUGUUAGCGCAAAUCGCCUUCAUUUGGGCCUUCAGUGACAUUUCACUUCCGUACUUCUCGCUGCCGUUUUUGGUGGUUAGUCUGGGGGUGUUGGGCUCGAGAGGCCCUCCGCGGCCGACGGUGCUCACCUUUCCCGAGCACCACAUCGCCCAGUGGAAGGAAAGCGCGGUCUCGCUGUCGGCACCCAAGGCAUCCCUCUCGCUUGUGUCCCUUUCGCAGCAAUCUCUGCACUCGAGCACCCUCACCGAGUCCAGGUGGAGGCGCACCCCCUCCCUCUGAUUGUCAUAUUGCAAUUAUUGUUGAAAUAAAGCUUUA